AUGCGUCUAAUCCUCAUUUUCACCUUUGUCUCCUACUUGCUGGGCUCGUUUGUGAAAGCCCAGCCAAACCUGCCGGCCGACGUCCAGGUUGAUCUCAUCUUUCCAGUGGCAAACCAGACUUAUGCGCCCACCGAAUGGUUCCCAAUCGUUUUCGCCUUUCGCAACUUGGAUAAAAUCUCGAUGAGCGCGCUCAACAUUUCUCUUGGGAUCAACAGCCGCAGCGAAGGCGCCUGGAUGUCGAAAAAUACAAGAAACUCUUGGUGGAACCAAAUCGAUAGUAUACAGGGUGAGGACUGGGCGAAGAUGAAGAUGCCACCGCCUGGGACGCCUUUUAUUUACACCGCCCCCAUCAGCAUCCUCAACAUGACCAACGGCACCGACACCAUUCACGUCUCCUGGUACAUGAGGUUGGAUGAAAGAUGCUUUCUCAACGGCAGCGAUCCCAGAUACGACCUUCGCACUGGAUUGGGUGGCAUGGACGCGGUCGGCGGGAUUGAAUUCCACUCUGCACCUGGCGGUCAAACCCUGAGCAUCGAGAAGACGUUGAGUUCGUGUCGACAUCUCGACCACAAGACAUCCUUCCCUUUCCGUGUCUUGGAUGAGAAAAAGUCGUAUUGGAAGGGGGGACAUAACCAGGACAAAUUAGUCACUCCUGGGGGAAGACCGUGUUCGAUAGUCGAAACGGGUAUACCGCGAAUCGGCUGUACCUACGAGCCCUUUGCCAAAGAAAUUGCCGCAAACGUGUCGCGCGACAUUUGGGCCAGGACGCGUUGCACUGACGGGCUCUGGAGUUAUGACAGGGAGUCUUGCUUCGAGAUUAGUUUGGGACUUGUGUGUAACUUGGGACUGGGCAUGGUCUGGCUGUUUGCACUGUCGUGCACGUUUAUAGUCACUCUGUGGUGA